GAAUCCUGCUCAGAGUAUCGACAGAGAUUCACUCUUUAUGGCGGUGUUUAUUGUGACCUAACAGCUCCUAGUAAGUUGGAGCUGGAUUUUGACUUUUCUCCAGAAGCUUUCUUGGGAUUGUCGUUUUCUCUCACUUUUGUAGUGUUGUUUGUCUAACUAUUCAAUGUCUGUUUUGUAUUAAUUCUAAUCUGGCCACCACCAGGGGGUGACCUGAAGCUGUCAGCUCCUCUCUUUUUCCUCGCGUCCUCCAUUUAUCUUCCGAAGUUUUACUCAUCCAGAAGUGGUUGAUCUGUUUUUCUGUAACUGGAGGCGAUAACUCAAUCGAAGCUUGGUUCUUCAACCUUAUCGAUGACUUGGGCUUAUAUGAAAAUGUGAGGUCGGCAACUCGUUGGAGAAACAGUCAGACACCAUCGCGCUUAGACUGUGUAUUCACUAACGAAGAAUUCCUAGUCGACAACCUCUCAAUCCUGGCUCCUCUGGGAAAGAGCGAUCAUGCCGUCAUAGCCUUCAGUUUUGUCAUCAAAACUAAGCUAAGGUAUCCCAACAAUAAUUUGCGUUGGAAUUUUAAACGGUUGAAUGUGCCAGCUCUACACGACUAUCUACAACAGAUGGUUCGGGAUAUUCCCCCCCCCCCACAUCACGACGUGGACGGGCAUUGGGACUUCUUACUGCACACGCUCUUACGUGCUACAAAAUCAUUCAGUUCCUCAAACGGUUCCCAAAAGCUGCAAGCCACCUACAAUAAUCAAGAACCGUACCCUUCGCCUGCUAAGCCGAAAAAGGCACUGUUGGGCGGAAUACAAGCGAACUGACAACGACGGAGCGUACAGGCAAUAUAAACGAAUCAGGAACAUAUGCACGAAGGCUAUAAGAGCAGACAGGCUCCAGUACCAGACAAAGCUUAUGGACAAAUUUGCCUCUAAUCCUAAAAGCUUAUUCCGUUAUGCAGCCUCUCUUCGUCAAGCCAAAACUGGAGUUUCCCAACUGGUAGCUCUCAACGGCCCGACCAACAACCAUGGCGACGCCGCUAAACUUCUGGCUGAACAAUACUCACAGACAUUUCGUCCGACCAAUAUUAACUUUACUGAUGAUAGUUUCGUUUGCGAUUCCACAGGACUCUCCGAAGUGAACCUAAGCGCUGACUUGGUGUUCCGGAAAUUGCAGCACUUAAGAUUAGACACUUCUCCUGGCCCGGACAUGGUCCAUUCCGCUAUACUGAGGGAAGCAGCCUCAAUCUUGGCAACGCCGCUUAGCAUGAUGUUCUCACACUCGCUAAGUCGAGGAAAACUACCGGAAAUUUGGAAGCCGACUCACAUCGCACCAAUUUUCAAAGGAAGUCGACGCAGCGAACCUUCAAGUUACCGACCGGUGGCUCUUCUCUCCAUACCUUCAAAAAUCAUGGAGUCCCUGAUAUGUGAUGGUAUAAACGACUAUUUACUGUCCUUAAAUUUCCUCUCACCCCAACAGCAUGGUUCCAGGAAGGGCUACUCUUGUGUAACCAACCUGCUGACUGCGGUGGACAGAUGGACAAGCAUCCUUGAUCACAAGGGGAAGGCUGAUAUCAUCUACCUAGACUUUUCAAAAGCUUUUGAUAAGGUUAACCAUACAUGUCUUAUCAAUAAGCCCAAACGAUUGUGUAUCAUACCACCUCUAAUCGAUUGGCAUACUUCAUACCUGAAAGAUCGACAUUUUAAGGUCAGGGUUAAUUUCACUUUAUCUCAGGCUACGGAAUGUCCUAGUGGGGUCCCCCAGGGCUUAGUACUAGGACCUCUUCUCUUCCUGAUCUACAUAAAUGAUCUUCCUCAACAGGUAUCGUCAGAUUUAUUAUUUUUUGCUGACGACGUGAAGCUUUGGAGAGAGAUACGCAACCAAGACGAUAUGCAGGCACUCCAGGAGGAUCUGACUCGACUUCAAAGUUGGGCAGACGAUAACGGACUUACCUUUAACACUUCAAAGUGUAAAGUAGUCCAUCUGCGACAUGUCGCAGACUACAGUUAUAACUUAGAUAACUCCUCUCUAGUAGUAUCCGAAGUCGAAAGAGAUUUAGGAGUCUUGGUGCCCUACGAUUUAAAGUCUUACGCUAACUGUGACAAAAAUGCCUUCAGAGCAAACCUUGCACUGGUAACAUUGAAGCGCAUUUUUGGCCAGUUUGACGGAAGAACUUUCCAUAUAAUCUUCAAUAAUUUUAUCCGUCGCCAUUUAGAGUACGGAAACAUAGUAUUUCCCUCCUCACUCCAAAAGGAUAAGGACACCCUGGAGCGUAUUCAACGGCGAGCCACGAAAUCAGUUCGGGGACUCAAAUUUAAACCUCAUGAAGAGCGCCUCCUAUCAUUUAACCUUUAACCAUUAGAGUAUAGACGUCUUAGAGGUGAUUUAUUAAUGGCUUAAAGUAUCCUUAACACUUCUGGACAUCUCAAACACCUACUUAAGCUUAGUCCCGAUACCAACCUAAGGGAUAACACCCAGAAAUUGGAGACACAACAAAGCAGAACGGACUUAGACACAACUUCGACUCCUUAAGAGUUGUCAAAUGCUGGAAUUCGCUGCCGGCCGAGCUAGUCCAAGAGACUUCCCAGGAGUCCUUUAAGAGGCAACUUGAUCUAUUCUUAAGGACUAAGGAUAGUAUCGCACUAUGAUUUAUCAAUUUCUUUUCCUGUUUUCUUGUUAACAUACCUAGGUUCCUGCCUGGAGAUAUUGGUGAUCCCCUGUUACUGCACACGGAAGCCUGUUAAGCGAAAGCUUCUUCUAUUCCGUCCACAACCAUUUGAACCAUUUGAUUCGGUCAAGCCCAUGUAGUUUUGCAUAUACACUUGUAGGGAAGAAUACAACUAACCACAACCAUUUUGUUUAGAGCACAAGUUUAUCAGUCGGUCACUACUGUUGGUCCUUUCUUCAAACCCCUGUCACCCCAUUAUACGUCUUUACUCAGUUCCUCCCAUCCUGACUCGACGUUCAGGUCCUCCAUCAGUAUAACCACGUUUCUCCCUGUGCAUUUCUAUGCGAUAAACUGGAGUCUCUGAUAAAAAGUGACUUUAUCAUUUUCACUACCACAAUUUGUGGGUGGGCAGCACUGGACAACAGUCGUCGUGAUCUCUUCCUUGUUUGUCUUGAAAGAUGUUUUGGUGAUUCUGGCGCGUGGGUUUCUCGUCUUCUAAACUCUUUUCGUUCUUCUGACAGAGUUGGAAGAAAUAAUUGCUUGUGAGAGAUUUUCAUCCUCAUGAUCAGAAUACAGCAGAAACUCUCUUAAAGUCACUCUUUUCUUUACAGACGCAGUCCACUGAAUUUCACUUCAUUUACUUCACUUUAAAAAUGGCUAAGUUGUAUCUCCACACUCUUGCAGCUAUUUAAAUGGGUCAGUAGACCUCCCGGUGUACGUUCACGCGAUCAGACCAUAUUACUUGUUGCUCUGGUUGUUAAAGAGGUCACCAACCUCGUGAUAUCCUAAAGACUUCGGCUUUCAUAACGAAGCGUCACAACUCUGCUAUGUGAAGACACAUCAACUACCAGGACAGAGUUUUAAUGGUCUAAAUGAAUCUAGCAGUAAGCGCUGUUCUACCAAGGUUCCCGUUUUAUGAAAUAAAGUUUCCGACAAUAGUGAAAUUCCCUCUUUUACCUGUGUCGACACAUGCGUUAACAGAAGAACGGCUCCAUGCAGAGUUGAACACGAGAUCAUAGCGUUCAACAGUCAACCAACAUUUCUGAAUACUGCAAUACUCAGAAGUAUUUGAACUAUAAAUUAAGAACCUAGAAGUUUGAAAAUGU